CCGGCGGCGCGGCGGCGGGGCGCGCCGGUCGCCAUGGCAGCGGGCCCGUGGUGCUGGGGGACGCCGGUGGCGGUGGCGCUGCCGCCGCUGCUGCUGCUGUUGCUGUUUCUCGGGGGCGCGCGCCGCCUGCGCCGGGGCCGCGCGGGGUCCCGCGUGUGCGCGCGGGGCGGGCGCGCGCUGGUGCUGACGGCGCACCCCGAUGACGAGGCCAUGUUCUUCGCCCCCGCCCUGCUCGGCCUGCGCAGCGCCGGGGCCGCCCCCGCCGUGCUCUGCUGCUCCGCAGGAAAUUAUUACAAUCAAGGAGAGAUUCGUAAGAAAGAGCUGGAACAGAGUUGUUGUGUCCUGGGGAUUCCUGCUUCUGAUGUCACAGUCAUUGAUCACAGGAAUGAACUCUGCUGACAUCAUGGAUGGUCGCUUUCCCCUUCCCAGGACACAGCCUCAGACUCUGCUCCGUACAUUACAGCUUUCCCAAAUGGAAUGGAAGGGAAUACUCAGCUGAAGAAGCUCAGGCCAUUGUGAGUUACCUUUUCAGAGCUGUCUGUCAGGAGUGCUCAGGAUCACAGGAUGAGGUCCAAGAUGUUUUGGAGAGGAAGAACAACAGAGCUGGAAUCUUUUCAGUCACUGAAGUGCAUUGGAAUCACAGAGAUCUCCAUUGCCUUUACACCCCAUUGGCUGCUGAUUGUUCUUACAGCCUGUGGCAUUGCUUGGUUUUUGUUUGGAUCUGAUCAGAUUCUGAUCUUGGUCCUGCCAGUGUAAACUUGGAGUAAUUCCCUUGCUUUCUGUGGAGAUCCUGCUGUGUGGCUGAGAUCACUGUGUGGUUCUGCAGAUAACCUUUAUGUGGGGAGUUUUCCAUUGUAGCUAUUGGAUCAUCAUGACUGAUGAAAGAUUUGAAUAAUCCAGAAUCUUUGUCACAUCUCUCAGCUUUCUUGGCUGUAUUUCCUGUUGUGUAUUCUCUUUCCAGGAAACUGAGAAUACCUGUCUGUUCUUUACCUCUUCCUGUUGAAGACCAAAUUGUGACAGAGAUCAUCUAUACUGGACAAUUCAAGCCGUCUUACUUUACAGAUUAUUUUCACUUUACUGAAUGAUGAAAAUCCAAGUAGUUAUAAUUUUAAAAAAUACUCCACAUUGUUUUGAUUGUAAGGAUCAGAUGAGGGUGGUGGAGCUUAAAAAGAUUUAAGGUGGAUCUUUAAAAGACAUUACCAAAAAGAUUGGUAAUGCCUAGGAAAAUUUCUGAGUAAUAGGAUUUAAGGCUGAGCAUCUAUUUCCAGUUUUAUGCUCUUGUUGUUUUACAGACUUUAAUGUGAGUUAAUGGCUUUUCAGCAUAAUAAAACCAUCUAAUUCUG